AUGUCGGUGUUACUGGAGUUGAAGCAUCUAUUGCUGCAGGUGCUACCUUCUCCUGGCAUGAUAGCACAAGGCCACCUGCUGUGUAUCCAAAACCACUUGGCCAUGGUUUGUGAUAGCCUUUGGGCUAUCAAUUCAAUGAUCGUUAUCCCUAAGAUGGGAAUGCUGUAUAACAAUUGUUUGAAAUUUUAUAGUAUAUUUGAUCCGGAGUUGGAUGUGCCUGCAGAAUUUGAAGAUUGGGAGAGAGAUGUGGCUGCAGCAGUUAUAGAUGUGGGAGAGUUACUCAGUAGAAUCAUGGAUUGGGAAGCAAGUUUGCAUCGUUCCAUUGUGGGCAACACCCAACAGGUGAACUUUCGCCAUGUUAUUCUAGUAGAGCUGAAAGAGAUGCUGUGCCACUUGAAUUCUCUUGUGCUGAGAGGAUCUUCAAUGGGUCUUCGGAGGGAUCCUAUGGGUUCUAUGAACCCACUCCGAGAAGACUACUCAAUUGUUCUAAAAAAUGAGGUGGUGGGUAGAGAGGAAGAUCUAGAGAAACUCGUUGCAAUCUUUGAACAACAAUUAGUAUCGUCCAACAAUACUGGUGAUGAUAACAACCCGUUCGUAAUUGUCAUAGAUGGCACACCAGGAGUUGGGAAGACGACCUUGGCGCAUAUGAUCUUCCACCACACUUGGGUUCGCCAACAAUUUCAUCAUCGCAUUUGGAUGGAUCUACCCUUGGUUUCGCCAUUCAAGAUGAUUAAUAUAAUUGGAAACGAAUUUGCAAGGUCCAUAAACAAGGAAGAAUAUUGUGAUCAGAAAUUACUCCUAGACCUGCCGCUACUAGCCAUGUGGGAAUAUAUUAAUAAACAACUCUGUGGUAGUAGAUACUUGUUGGUGCUUCAUUGUGAAAAUUUGGUUAGUUUGAUGCAAUCAGGUGAGUGGAAUGAAUUGAAGAACAUCCUGUUGCGUGUGGGCGGGCCGGGGAGUGGAGUCUUGAUCAUCUACAAAUUUUCAACAGUAUCAUUUGUAAGAGACACGGGUUUUCUAAAUAGGAUGAAGGAUAUUAUAACAUACCCCUUGAAGACCUUAUCGGCUGAUGCAUGUGUAGAAUUGUUCAAGAGACAGGCAGCAACGACAAUCCCCUCAUCAAAGCAAGACAAAUCAGAGAGGGAUGCAUGGCUACUCCGAAAUUGCAUUCCUGAACAAGCUUUUGGGGCAAAGGUUUUUGGAUCGUUAAGCCAUAAUAUUCCGGCAUAUUUUGCAAAUAGCUUAUUCUAUGAAGUUUAUAUAGUUAGGAAUCUUCCACUUGUCAUCAUACGAUUACACCAAUACCAGCGGCUACUGGAUGUUUAUAAUGAUUAUGAUGUCAUCUUACACAUGUUGACCGCUGAAUACCUCAUACCAACUGAAGGCCUCGAACGAGAUUGGAUUCGGCUCUAUGCAAGACCUAUAAAUGAGCGAACUUCAUUACGGUUAUCAAGGAUGGUCCACUUGCAUAUGAAGGUUCCUGAAUAUUUAACUAGUAUUCCAAGGUGUUGUCGCUAUUUGUGUUUGAAAAUUAAUCAUAGAGCUAUACCAUUUCGACUACCGACCAUGCCAGUUGAGGUGAGCAAUAAACUCAUAACAUUGAUUCUACGAGAACAUGAGGAAGCGACACAAGAAGAUGUUGAGGAAAUAACACUUCAAGUAUAUAAAAAAAGAUGCAUGAAAGCAACAACCGCAAUAUCAAAAUUCCUCAACAAGAUGUCGGUAAGACUCGUACAUUUGCGUAUAUUAGUUGUAGAAACUGGUAUGAUCCAAAGGCUACCGAAUGAAGUUAGCAAGUUGGUUAACUUGAGAUACCUCCACCUUUCAAAGCUUAAGAUGGAAUUACUUCCGAAAUCACUUUUUGACCUACCUAAUUUGCGAAUUUUAAGUUUGCUUCGCUGCCAAAAGCUUCAAAAGAUACCUGAACGAAUCCAUCAGCUUAAGAAGUUGCAGAUUUUGAAACUAGCUUAUUGCACAAAGCUUCAGCGGUUACCAAAAUCUAUAACAAGACUUCAAAACUUGGAAGUGAUUGAUGUGGAAGGUUGUUGUUGGCUCAGCAAACUCCCAGAUGAUUUGGUCAGUUUUAAAUCACUGAGAAUCCUCAACUUCACUAGAUGUGCAUCCUUGUCUCAAAUUCCCCGUGGGAUUGAACAAUCAAUUGACCUUCGUAAGUUGUCAGGAAUAUUUGUCGGUGUCGAUGGAGGUUUUAUGCUCGCACAGUUGCAAACUUUAACAAAUCUUCAGGAAAUAAGAUUACGAAACCUAGAACGAGCAGAGAAGACUCAAACUGAGGUGCUGAUGGGCCAACAAAGUCUUCGCGACUUGUCAUUGCAUUGGGGUGGUGAAGAAGCAAAUGAGAGUUCUGAAUCAGCUACACCACUGCAGGUACUCGAAGCUCUCCGCCCCAACGUGCAUUUGAAAAGUCUAGAGAUCAUGUCUUAUCAGGGAGUGGAGUUUCCUACUUGGAUGAGUAAACGACAACUUGCUCGUUUGGAUUCUUUAGUUGAAGUGAAACUCAUCAAUCUCAGGAGAUGUGCUACAUUACCAUCACUCUGUCAACUUCCUUGUCUCGAGAAGCUUGAGAUAAAUGGCAUGGAUUUAAUAAAACACAUAGACGAUACAUUUUACGGUGAUGGCGACACCAUUCCUAAGUUGAGAGAGCUCACUUUCUCGGAAAUGCUUGCACUAGAGAAAUGGUCUAUGACGGAAGAAAAAUAUUUUAAAUUUUUCCCAAGGCUUAGAAAAUUGACACUAGUUCAGUGCCCAAAACUCAAAGAAAUAGAUCUGCAUUAUUAUAGUGGUACAAUGAGAGUAUGGUUGAACAAUGAGACAAUAUGCUCCGCUAAAUUUUGUUGUUGGGGCAACCUCCGAUACAUUCAAACAAUAGAGAUAGUCGGGUGCCAAGAGCUGAGAUGUCUGCCACAGGGUAUGAAAAGCAUGAAAUAUCUAAAUAAGAUGACAAUUAACAGCUGCAACAAUUUGACGACUUUGGUAGCAUUGGAUUCACUUAGAGCAUUGAACAUAUAUGCUUGCCCACUGCUAGCAUUCAACCUAGAAUCAUUUACAGAACUUGUGUUGCUUACAAUUAAAGGCUGCCCGAAGAUGCAAAUUUUUCAUGAUGUCUGGAAGAAAAAAGAAGGAGAAGAGAUCAAACGACGGCGGGCAGAAGAAGAGAAACGACGGCAGGCACAAGUUGAAGCAUAUGACAAUGCAAUUGCAACUCGUUCUGUAAUUGAUUGGCUGGAAUUGUGGUAAGCAAUGGUCAACUUCGAGCGGCGGCAUAAUGAUGUUGAUAUGUUUUAAUUUGGUUAAUCAUCUAGUUAAUUUUUUAUUUUGUGAAAUUAAUGUGUGUUUAU